UGGAAACUUAACUUUAAAACUUAAAAAAAGUGUCAGAAGAAUCUUUGGAGACUUUAAACAUCGAAAAGAUUUUAUUGAAAUUUUUUUCCUUGACGACUUAAAUAUAUUUUUUAUAGAAUUUCGCACGGAUUCAUUAUGCCGUCUUUAUAUUUAUUUUCAAAAUGUGUUUUAUUAAUCUUUUGUUCUUUAUUUGGGGAAGUAAUUACAGAUGAAAGCGAUCCUUCAGAUAUCGUUAUCAUUGAAGAACUAGAAUCCGAAACAGAAAUCCAGAAAGCAGGUGAAAUGCCUUCAGCUCUGGGCUUCAACGUCCGUCUUGUACAUGGUGAGUCUCCAGUUCAUCUGAAACUGAAGAGAAAUUCCAUUGGAUACGAAAAACAGAAGAUGGUCUCUAUUCGUCAAAAUGCUACCACUGGAGAAAUCUAUUUCAAGGAAGAAAAUAUACCACCAUUGAAGAACGUAGCCCUUUACCAGGAUAACGAAACUCAGGCUGCCUUUACAGUGACCUGUGGUGAAGAUUCGGAGGGGCACUGUAUCUUGAUUGGAAGUUUGAAUGUAAAUGGUGAAGAGUAUGAUAUAACACCUAUGGAGAAAAAUCCUGGAACAAGAAGAAAAAAGAGACAUGCAAGAAGAUAUGGUGAACCGAGACAAUCGCGCAAUAGUUUGUUCGGAGAAUAUAAUAACCCUUAUGCCCAAGCCAACAAUAACAAUAUAGUCCAUUCCAGAAUCAGCAAUAACAAUCGUGCCCAGCCCACUCAAAAUGCUCAUUAUAAUCGCCACGUUCAGACUCAUAAAGUUCAUCACAACCAUUACAUUCAAUCAAAUCAACCAAUCCGAGAAACUAUCCAGCAAGAAUUUAAUCCAUUUGCAACCAAUCAAAUCGAUCAUGAUCUAGAAAAGCGAUUACUGGAGUAUCCAGGGGAACCUGUUGUGGGGGCUGCAACUGGAGACUUUCAAGGGAAUGAGAUAUACCCACCAAAUCCACCUCCCAAACGAAGACAACUGUAUGCAGCUUUUAGGAAAGAUCCCAAGAAAAAAAUUAAAGGAGACUGUGUCGGUCGAAAUUCCCUUCUGGAAAACGUUCCAUUUCAAACUCUGGCCAGACGAGAAAAACAGAGGGAGGCAACAUUUCUUCAGGGAGGUUUCAAUCAGCAAGUCGGCCAGCACAAUAGGGAUAAAACAAGAGAGGCCUUCAGAUCGUUCUCAGGAUCUGCAAGUGACUACUACUUAACGCUAGUAGUAGUGGUUGACUAUAGCAUCUAUAUGAGGUUUUACAAUGCAAGUACAGAGACGAAUGUAAGAGCAAGGGACAGAGAUGCCAAAUCUAAGAUCAGAAUGUAUUUUGCUCACAUUGUGAAUGGGAUUGACCUUCGUUAUGAGAACAUCAGGGAUCCUACUUUUGCCAUCAAGGUCACAGUAACGGAAUAUGUUAUUGCUGAUCAUCCUAAUUUUUCCCCUUGGACAAACACUUACGUUAACCCCGAGUACAAAUACGUAGCAGUUUGGGAUGCUCUCAACAGAUUGGUUGACUGGAGAGAGACCAUGAUUAAACAUCUUCCUGAACACGACCAUCUGAUGUUAUUUACCGGAGAAGAUUUAUAUGAAACACGUUCUGACGAUCCAACGGUGACAGGCUAUGCCCAUGUCCGCACUGUAUGUACAAAGAAAAGUGCUUCUAUCAAUGAAGAUCAUGGAGGAUUUGGAGGGAUCAUAACUGCCACCCAUGAACUGGCUCACAGUUUGGGUGCUAAUCAUGACGGGGAACAGAACCAUUGUCGUCCGGAGGAUCAAUUCAUAAUGACAGCCAUGGGAGGGGACACCAACCAGGCCACAAAACUCAACCCCUGGAAGUUCUCUGAAUGCUCCGUGGAAUACUUUAGGGACUAUAUUCAAGAGCUGAAUAACAAAGGAGAAAACUGUAUGCUCGAAAGACCUAUGGACAUUGAUCCAAACUUUCGCGAAGCUAUUAAAGACAUGCCUGGACAAAUCUUAGGACCUAAUGAACAGUGCAAAGAAAAACUUGGUCAAGGGUCAUAUUAUGGCUGGGCUGGUGGUCUUGGAAGAUAUCAAGACAUUUGUACAAACAUGGCUUGCAAAAACCCAAAGAAGAAAGUGAGUUUCCAUCUUUACAACGCGGCAAGAGGAACUUCAUGUGGAAAUAAAAAGUGGUGUAUAAAUGGAGAAUGUGUGUUCGACAGAAAAGCACCGAAAAAAGACGAAAAAUGUGUUCAUGGGGAUUCUUUGAAGCCGUUUCCAAAUAACGCUACAUGCAGUGAGCUUAUAAAUGGUAGACCUUCUAGAUGCUACACAAAAGAAUACAGAGAAUUCUGCUGUGAAUCAUGCAGCAAGAAAUUCACCGGGAAAAAGCGUUGUGAAUAUGGAGACAAAAUAGCCUCAUGUGUUUUAGUUAAGUCACGACCUUAUCUCUGCUAUGAUAACAAAAAUAGCCAGCUUUGUUGUAUUGGAUGUGCAGGAUUACAUACUGGGAUACAAGGAUGCGAAUAUGGAGAUCGUAAAUCAGGUUGUGACAAAAGACUAUGUCACACUCGAGAUCAUCAAUUGAACUGCUGUGGAACUUGUGGUAAGGGUAAUCCAACCACGAAAUCAACAACUGUACAUUCUCAACCAUCUCCCAUACCAACUAGACCCGAGCUCAGGCCAACACCCAGACAUAUCACAAGAGAGAGAACCCAACCAGAACCAACCAGACAGACUGUCAAUUUCAGACCCGCUCAACACGUCAACAGACACUCAAUUCUUCCCACUACAACGCAUAUGAUUCCAUUCUCAUCUACGAGAUUUAGUCUGAAGAUCGGAGGAAACAGACAGGAGGGUGUACCAUCUCAAAAUAAGCAAGAAGGGUUCGGAGGAGCACCUCAAGAUAUUGUUCCAACAGAGGAUUUGAUCCCAGAUCCUUUUGCACCUGGAUUUUGUGUGAAGAAGAAUGCAUUUUAUAGACCUGACGUUCCUUGCGAAUUUUUAUCCAAAUGGUUGUCGUUAUGUACAGAGACAAGAUUCAAAAGUGCAUGUUGCCAGACAUGUAAUAUUGAUCGAUCCAAAAAUGUUAAAACUGGGUGUGUAGACAGUCAGUUCUGUACAGCUCGAACAGGUGCAGAUUGCUACAAAAAAGCAACGAGAGAUAACUGCUGUGCCACUUGUAGCAAGUUUGAAACCGGAUUCAUGUUGUGUCCAUAUGGAGAUAAAGACGCUAGAUGUGGUCUAAUGAUGAGACUGAAUAAGAAAUUUUAUUGUGAAAAUUACGGGUCCACAUGCUGCGAAUCUUGUUUCAAACUUUCUCGACGACAAGAAGUCACGACACCAUUUCCCGUUGUAAUGAGUGCACGAAGACCAGACACAACAGCUUCAAGAAGCAGAAGUCAAACUCAGUCUCGAUCAGAACCGAGAGCCGCAGCAUCAAGGAGUGCUACCUCAUCAACAAACAACCUUGAAAGAAACUAAACAUUGUGGAUCUGUAAGAUUUUAUUUAUUAAUUUAUCAAAUUUACUGUAGUUAAAUAGAACUAGUAUUUAUUACAAUUUUUGUUGCUUUCUGAAGUUCAUUUGUUUUGUUGAUCUUGUUGAUCUUGUUUUUUUCUUUUUAUUCAGUUUGAUUACCUUAUUUAUUUGUCACAUUUAUGCAUAUUAUUGUUCCCUUCUUGUUUUACAU